CAACCAAUCAACAGGGUCAAGACCCGAUCCAUAUAUUAUCACUCCCUGAAUCCGACCCAAUUGAGUUAUCAUCAUCUUUCUCCUGCUCCCAUUCACAUCCUUUUUUUUUUUCAUAAUCCAAGUUUUGCAGUUUUGCUCAAAUUUCUGAAAGGAAUAUUCUGAAAUUUUCUUCUCAUUUAGGUUAAAGAUUUAAACUUUUCCUAUUUUGGUGCUCGGAUUUCAACUUUUUUAUAACCCCACGUCUUCUUUUGUAUGAAGCAAUAUUGUGGGUCUCAAAUAAAGUGGGAUCUUGAUUGAUUUUAGAUCCUACAUUAUCCAAAGAAGUGAGCUUUAUGGGGUAUAUUGAUUGUGUGUGAUGAGAUAUUGAGCUAAAAAAGGAAAAAAAAUACAAACUUGAGAUUUGAAUAGUGAUUUUAUGGGCAGAGAAUUGUAGGGGUUGGGGGGUUGGUCAUAAAGAAUAAUGGGGUUAAAAGGGACAGCUUUAGGGGAGAGUCGUGUAGAGAAACUGAAGAAUUGUAUAGUAUAUAGGUCUAGAAUGAAGCUAUGGAUUAUAAGGGUAACUACAUCUGUGCUGUUGUGGAUUUGUUUGGUUCAAUUGACUAUAUUGGGAGAGAAUUGGGGUCCUAGGGUUUUAAAAGGCUGGCCCUCUUGUUUUUCUCACGAAUCCACUGCACUACUCGUCGUUAAAUCAUCUCCUGCGGUCCCUGCUAGAGUUCUUCCACCAAAGAGGGUUUACAGGAAUAAUGGUUACCUCAUGGUUUCAUGCAAUGGUGGGCUUAAUCAAAUGCGGUCAGCGAUAUGUGAUAUGGUUGCUAUAGCAAGAUAUUUGAAUGUGACUCUUAUUGUUCCUGAGCUAGAUAAAACCUCCUUUUGGGCUGAUCCGAGUGAAUUUCAAGACAUAUUUGAUAUUGAUCAUUUUAUAACAUCCUUGAGAGAUGAAGUUCGAAUACUGAAGGAGCUACCUCCAAGACUGAAGAGGAGAGUAGAGUUAGGAACGAUUCAUACCAUGGCUCCUAUUAGUUGGUCCGACAUUUCCUACUACCAUAAUCAGAUUCUUCCCUUAAUUCGGAAGCAUAAAGUAGUUCAUUUGAACAGGACUGAUGCUCGGCUUGCCAAUAAUGGACAACCUAUGGAAAUUCAAAAGCUACGAUGCCGAGUUAAUUUUGGUGCGUUGAAAUUCACCCCACAAAUAGAAGAGCUGGGUAGAAAGGUUAUCAGACUACUCAGAGAAGAGGGUCCUUUUAUGGUUCUGCACCUAAGAUACGAAAUGGAUAUGUUAGCUUUCUCUGGCUGUACUCAGGGAUGCAACAAUGAGGAGGUUGAAGAGUUGACUAGAAUGAGAUAUGCUUAUCCGUGGUGGAAAGAAAAAAUUAUAAAUUCAGAUUUGAAAAGAAGAGACGGUCUCUGUCCUUUGACUCCUGAGGAAACUGCUCUUACUUUAAGGGCGUUGGACAUUGAUCCUAGUAUUCAAGUUUACAUCGCUGCAGGAGAGAUUUAUGGUGGAGAAAGGAGAAUGGCUAGUCUUGCUGCAGCUUAUCCAAAUCUGGUAAGGAAGGAGACACUACUAGAGCCUUCUGAGCUGAGGUUCUUUCAAAAUCACUCCUCCCAGAUGGCAGCAUUAGAUUAUCUCGUUUCUCUGGAGAGCGAUAUCUUUGUUCCUACUUAUGACGGAAACAUGGCUAAAGUUGUCGAAGGACAUCGCAGAUAUCUUGGAUACAAGAAAACUAUCUUGUUGCACAGAAGACUUCUGGUGGAUUUAAUAGACCAACAUAAUGCUGGAUCAUUGACAUGGGAUGAGUUUUCUAUCGCUGUUAAGGAAGCUCAUGCUGAACGUAUGGGCAACCCUACGAAGAGAUUAGUCAUUCAAGACAGACCUAAAGAGGAAGAUUAUUUUUACUCCAACCCGUGGGAGUGCUUAGAACCAUCUUAUGAGGAUGAGACGUUAAGCAACAUUUAAAUCAUGGUUGGUGGUAACAUUCGGGUUAGGAAAAGAUACUUCCGCGCACUUCUAUGACAUAUUUGGAGGAAAUGCUUAUACAACACUCGAAAAAUUUGAGCUCGAUUUUGCUUCUGAGGAGGCUGUUGAAGUAAAGGGUCUGUUGCACUCCAAAUCCUGAGAAGAACUCGGAAGCAUUUGAAAGGGUUAUAUAUAAAUGUUUUUUUUCCAGAAACCCUAUAAUAGAAUACAUGUAUAGAAACUGUCCUGCCAUUGUAGGGAUAUACAUUGUCAAUGGCAGUAUACACUGAGGGGGUAGUACAACAUAGAUUUGUUUUGCAGGAACUUUUGGAUUUGCUCAAAUUUAAAGUUCCAUUUAGGCUCCUCCAUUCUUUUUCUUAAA